ACUUCCUGCUAACUUAGUUCUAAAGUGAAACUGGAAGUAGUAAGGGAGUUAGUCGGGCCAAUAACUGAAGUCUCUUGAUAAUUCAUCGAGUUUUUAUUUCAUGCGAGUCAGUAGCCCCUAUAUUUUGUGAAUACGUUACCGUCGACGCCUGCCCUUAUACUUCUCGGUAGGAGACGAGGUGGUAGCGGAGGAGAGGAGGACACGUUUUUCUGAGCAUUGGGAGGCCCCCGCAGCCGUCACGCAGGGGCAUGGACGCCGACACGCUGCUGAAGAUCGACGGCGACCUGGACUCGCAGGAAGUGGAGGAGCUGAAGUUCCUGUGCAGGGAGCACGUGCCGCAUAAGCGGCUGGAGACGGUGGAGGCGGCGCAGGACCUCUUCCUGCGGCUGCAGGACCAGGACCUGCUGCAGGACCGGCUCUUCCUGGCGGAGCUGCUGCUCACCGUGCGGCGGCUGGACCUGCUCCGCCACCUGGGCACCUCGCAGGGCCAGGUGGAGAGAGCGCUGAGCGCGCGGGCGGGCUCGUACUCCGGAGUCUCGCCCUACAGGAAAAUGCUGUUUGAUCUGUAUGAAGACGUGACAGAGCCAAUUCUCAAAUCCUUUAAGUUCUUGUUGAGGAUUCCUCGCAACAGACUUGAGUCCUGCACAAGCUUCUUGGAUGUACUAGUGGAGAUGGAGAAGCAGGACAUACUGAGUGCGGACAAAGUGGAUGAGCUGCAGCGGGUUCUUCAGGAGUGUAGCAAGCCGCUGGCUGGCAAAGUGCAGACGUACAAAGAGCACCUGCCAGCAAGGGGCCCCACUGUGCCGUCUGUCCCAGGCCAGGGAUUCCCUGGACAUGUGAACUCACAGCCCAGAGUGCAACAGCAGAACUACAGGCCAUCUGUCCAAGAAUCCAGUCCCAGCGGUGUGUUCACUCCUGUGUCUCUGACCAGUGUCUCUUCUGGUGAGAAUCAGAGCCUGUAUCUGGAUGCUAGGCCAGAACACCCACCUGAUGAGGACCUGGAAGAUUAUUACAAGACAAGCAGCCAGCCCCUCGGCUACUGCCUUAUAAUCAACAACUACAGCUUUAAGGAGGCCAGAAUGAACAAAGUCAUCAUGGGAGACCGCAAAGGGACGGACCAGGACGCAGAGGUCUUGCAGCAGGUGUUCUCCCGGCUGCACUUCCAGGUGGAGGUGCGGAGGGACCAGACGGGGGAGGAGAUGCAGCAGGCGGUGUUGGAGUUCGCCAGAAAGGAUCACAAGGCGCUGGACGUCUUUGUGUGCUGCGUGCUCUCCCAUGGGGAGAAGGGCUCCGUCUAUGCCGUGGAUGGCACGUCGGUGCCCAUCCGAGCCCUCACCCUCCCCUUCACCAGCACGCACUGCCGCGCGCUGGCACUCAAGCCCAAACUCUUCUUCAUCCAGGCCUGCCAAGGGCAGGACCUGCAGCGCGGGGCCCUCAUCCAGGCCGACGGGCCGGGCGAGGAGGAGGAGGAGGAAGAGCUGGAGGAGGAGCAGGAGGAAGAGCGCGAGGACUACAGAGCUGAUGCCGGCCGCAUCCUGCCGGACACUGCUCCCGACGACUCGGACUUCCUGUUGGGAAUGGCCACGGUGGAGGACUACCAGUCUUUCCGCAGCGUCACGCAGGGGUCCAUCUUCAUCCAGGAGCUCUGUCGUCAGCUGGUCAGGGGCUGUGAGCGGAAAGAGGAUAUUCUGACCAUCAUGACCAGAGUUAACCGGGAAGUGAGCAACGGUGUUUACCGGAAGUCCAAGCAGAUGCCGGAGCCCAGGUACACCCUGAGGAAGAAGCUGGUCUUGCCCAUAGACUGAUGCCCCCUCCACUGUGUGGGGCCCCUGCCCGCAAACGUGCCAGCACGCCCAGUGCCAGCCGGACUUCCCUGAAGCCGCCACCGGAGCGCCAGAUUUAGCAGCUUCCGUUUUAGAAUGAUAAAAAUUACAAUGAGAUGUUUUUCUUGUUUGGCCGCUUGUAAUCAAAAUGUGAGCACUGAGUGUUUGAGUGGGGGAAAUGUACAGUACAAAAUGUAUGUGUGUUUUUGUUCCUUCCUUAAAGCAAUACAAAUACACAU